AUGGUAAUACUACUAUUCGUAAACUAGGGAGUUUCAUUGCAACUUACAUUCGUGUUAGAAAUUAAAUUACUGGUAUAGCUUGGCCGUCGUCACCUCUUUAUGUCAAUGGUGUCGGCUUACCCAAGAAACCCCUAAAACCCCAAUUUCUCAUCUUUUCUCCCAAUUUCUUUUUUUAAUUGAAAUCAUCUUCCUAUUUUUUUUUCCACCGAAACCUCUCUAAUUGUUCGACAAUUUGAUUCACAUCUUCAGAGAGAUGCCAUUUUUCAGAGGGUUUUCUCGGAUUUUGAGGACCGGGUUGAGUCCAUUUCGACAUCGUCAAUCUUGUUCAUCCGCUUCUUAUCAAUUGUUGUGCAACUCUAAUGUCGUUAUAAAUCCUCCUUUUACGUCUAAGUAUAUGCAUGUUUGGGGAUCCAUAGUAAACACAUCUUCCAGUUUCCAUCAUGAAUCCAAACAUCAGAUUCAUCAAAGUGCAACGUCUACUGUUGAGGACCAAUCAGAUCCGUUUUCCCUCGUUGCUGAUGAAUUAUCCCUUGUAGCAGAAAGAUUGAGGUCAAUGGUGGUCGCAGAGGUCCCUAAGUUGGCAUCUGCUGCUGAAUAUUUCUUCAAAAUGGGAGUUGAAGGAAAGCGCUUUCGCCCCACAGUUCUAUUGUUGAUGGCAACAGCUUUGAACUUGCCUGUAUCUAUGUCCUCUUCUGAUAGACUAUCACCUGUUAAAGUAUUUGAUAAUGUAGAAACAGAGCUUCGUAGAAGACAGCAGUGCAUUGCUGAAAUCACAGAGAUGAUCCAUGUGGCAAGCCUUCUUCAUGAUGAUGUAUUGGAUGAUGCUGAUACAAGACGUGGUGUUAGCUCAUUGAACUCAGUGAUGGGAAAUAAGUUGGCAGUUCUAGCUGGUGAUUUCUUGCUCUCUAGGGCUUGUGUAGCCCUAGCCUCUCUGAAGAAUACCGAGGUCGUAACGUUACUAGCUAAAGUCGUAGAGCAUCUUGUUACUGGUGAGACAAUGCAGAUGACAACGACAUCUGAGCAACGUUUAAACAUGGAGUAUUACAUGGAAAAGACCUACUUCAAGACAGCAUCAUUGAUCUCAAAUAGCUGCAAGGCAAUUGCUCUUCUUGCAGGUCAAUCUGCAGAAGCUGCUACGUUAGCUUAUGACUAUGGGAAAAAUCUGGGAUUGGCAUACCAACUCAUAGACGAUGUUCUUGAUUUCACGGGGACGUCGGCAUCACUUGGAAAGGGUUCACUUUCUGAUAUUCGUCAUGGAAUCGUCACAGCUCCUUUGUUGUUUGCUAUAGAAGAAUUUCCUCAAUUAAGUGAAGUUGUGCAGCGAGGCUUCGACAAUCCUGCAGAUAUAGAUCUUGCUCUGGAUUACCUUGGGAGAAGUCAAGGAAUACAAAGAGCAAAGGACUUAGCAUUGAAGCAUGCAAACCUAGCGGCUGAAGCUAUAGAGUCUCUGCCCGAAAAUGAUGAUGAGGAUGUUAGAAGGUCAAGGCGUGCACUCGUAGAUCUUACACACAGAGUUAUAAAAAGAACUAAGUGAAUAAAGAUUAAUUCUAUCUAGAUACUGAAAGUUCACGAUAAAUUUUGCUUAUUUCCAUUUAUUUAUAAGUUCAUGUAUAAUGGAGGCAGUUCCCAGAAUACUACUGGUUUGCCUCAAUAUUCUUUCACAGGUACAGUUAUGUUCUCUUGCUGCAGUUUAAAAGCAGGGGCCAUGCUUAAAAUUGAAAAAGUUAUAUGCAGAACUUGUUCUCUGGUGGAAUUGGGUGUGGUCGAGUGGGUUAUACCAAGUGGAUUUACCAAAAUGUCCCUUUUCGCAUAUUUGUGAAGAAUCGUUCUCCAAAUAGCGAACUCUUAAACUAUUGGUUGACGUGAGUGGACUAUAGCGAUUUGUACCAGUCGUGAAGGUAACAUUUUAUUUCCUAAGAUACUAAAGAUAGUUGCUUAAUUAUAGGAAUUCUUUUUAGGUUUUCCUAUGUAGUGACUGUAUUUGUUUCUUUCCAACAUACAGUUGUAUGUUAAUUUUCCGUAGGUACACAUUUAUACUGUUUUGUUCUUUGUGGUCAUUUUUGAUUUCUUAAUUUGUAUAUAAGAAAAAACAUUAUAAUGUGAUCUUUAGAUUUAUUUCAAAA